UAUAGCAACCGGAAGCUGCAAGGAGCCGGUCGCUGCGCUGAUGACGUCUCCCAACGGCGCUCACCGUUGACGCGACGGCCACCCGAGCACCGAGGAGGACAACAUGGGAAAAGCAAAGAAAGCUAGAAAAUAUGCAGUCAUGAAACGAAUGAUUAGUUUACGAGAUUCACGAAUAAAUGAAAAAGACAGAGCAAAACCACAGAAGAAAAUGAAAGAUGACCCUAGUGCUCUGAAAAUAAAAGAGGUGGUCAAGUAUCCUUCUUGCCUGUUUUUCCAAUAUAAUACACAGCUGGGUCCUCCCUAUUAUAUCCUUGUUGACACCAAUUUCAUCAAUUUCUCCAUCAAGACUAAGCUGGACAUCGUGCAAUCGAUGAUGGACUGCUUGUAUGCAAAGUGUGUACCAUGUAUUACAGACUGUGUGAUGGCAGAAAUUGAGAAGCUGGGACAGAAGUACAGAGUCGCUCUAAGAAUAGCAAAGGAUCCAAGGUUCGAGCGAUUACCUUGUACACACAAAGGAACGUAUGCUGAUGAUUGUCUAGUGCAGCGAGUCACACAACACAAAUGUUACAUUGUGGCGACAGUGGACAGAGAUCUCAAGAGGAGGAUCCGAAAAAUUCCAGGAGUCCCUAUUAUGUACAUCUCUAAUCAUAAAUACAACAUUGAACGGAUGCCGGAUGACUAUGGUGCCCCCAGAUUUUGAUAAGGCAGCAAAAUUCUGCUUACACCAAAAGAUUGGUGUUUGCUCUUUGUCAGUGACCUCCGUAGCUUCUGAAUAAAAACUUGGGGCAUGUACAGGUUCCACAAAAAUGUAGAAAGGAUUUUUGUUUGAUUGUAAACUGAGCUGUUAUUUGAGAUAAAAAGUUUUAAACUGUAAGUGGGGUUGGCUUCCAACUUAUUUUUCUUGAAUGUCUUCCACUCCUUGGUUAUCUUUCCAUCUGGUGACAUUACAGUGCCAACAAUUCAAAAAUUCCAAUGCAUCAUCUUUGGAUCUUGGCAAUGAGGUCAAGUUGUAAAAAGUGACAUCUAGGCGUCUAUUUUAUCUUCUUUGUAACAUCAUGUGAAUACUUCCAACUAGAGUAUUGUUUACCAGUUGGAAGUGGGAACUCCAAAUGAGUUAUCCUAAAUCUUGGAAACCCAUGUCAGGUAGCACCCUUAUACAAUAUUGACUAUGCAGACCCAGCUCAAUACAAGUGAAGAAUUGAAUAAAUAUCAAUUUGUGUGCCUGAGAGGUGGUGAUUUUAUCAUUUUUCACAAUGUAUGAUGUUGAACAGAUUUACUUUUAAUGUUAUAUUUAAACAAUUAUCGUCACUGUAUCUGUUCUUUGGUUUGUUUUGGAUCUACAGUUGAUAAAUUUAAACAUCUAAUUCAAGACUAGGAAAUAAUCUUACCAUUGUACAAACCUAUCCACAGUGAUGGACUGAACUUGCUGCAUUAUCCUUCCAAUUAUGAUUGAGUUGGCAAGGAAUUUCCACUCUGACCCUCCUGGGUAAUCAAAACUAGAGCAGCAAGUCCCUUCAGCUCUUCAUAGUUUUAUGAUGUGCCUUUUAGGUAACUUUCUGCCUAACUGCUGGGUGAUAGAAAUAUUCCAGUCAUAAAUGUAUAUAUCUCGUUUACAAAUUAAAAUGAAUGCUAUGUAUAUUUACUUUGUAUCCUUAAAA